GAGAGAGAGAGAAAAUAUAGAGAGAGAAAGAGGAACAGGGAAGAUGUCAUCGUGUAAGCUGCUGUCAUCCAACCGCGACGCGUCGCCAUGGCAGAAGAAACACCACCUUCUCUCUUUCUCUCUCCUCUCUCUACUGUGUAAAUAUAUAAAAAUGGAAAAAGCCUUUUCUUCCAUUUCCGAGGCAGAGGCAGGGGCAGUUCUUCUCUGUUUCAUUUUAUCGUAAUAAUAAAAGUCAGAUAUUUUAUUAAUAAUAUAUGAGUAAAUAAACAAAUAAAAGAGGUUCAGCCCAUCACCCUCCCUCGUGCAUUUUCUCUCUCUACUUUCUCUCUCUAAAAGGAUUGGAGGGGGAGGCCGCGGGACGAGAGAGAUAGAGCUUCUCCCUUCCCUCCCUCGCCUUGGUACUUUCUCUCUCUAAAAGGUUUGCAGAGGGAAGCUGGGUUUUGUGGAAGGUACGAGUUUUAGAGAGAGAGAGAGCCUCUUCCUUCCCUCCCUCGAUUCUGCUUCCAUUUCCCAUUCACCACCUUUCUCUCUCUAAAAUUCGACGUCCAGUCUUGUUUCUCUCUCUAACUGCUUGCAUUUCUAACUCGCCACCUCUUUCUCUCUAAAUCUCGACGUACAGGCAAGUUUCUCUCUCUAAGCUAAGGCCUUCAUUCUCGACGAGCCGAGCAGGUUAAUUAUCAAGUCCAAUGCAAAAGAACUGGAUCAGUUAAAUUGUUGAUGCAGUAUAUGGGGCCUAUUUUUCUUACAAAUCAAUGUAUGAUUUCUCCUCUUGUGCUCUUCGGCAUCGUGCUGAAUCAUUUCUCCGUCGAUUCGACUGGGUUAUUGGGGCAGGAGCACAAUUCUCAGGUUGCUGUUUUGUUUGUCCAUAGUGGCCCAACGUUGUUAAGGGACUGAUUUCUUCCAUGAAGACAAGCUCCCUUGCUUUUGGAAUUUAACUACAUCUUCAUAAUGGGGGGCUGUGUGUCAACAGCUCAAAGAAAAACGAGAUCUCGAAAGAAGUUCUUACUUAGGUCCGGUAGGCGUCGUCGGACAAAAAAUUCUUCUACAGUUUCUGAUGCUCCUAAAACAUGUACUAGUGAGGCUACAAAUUCCAUAGCAGAUUUUGCUAUUAGUGAAUUUGUUCACAUGGAUUUUGAGAAGGGCGCAAAUGCACGUGGGACAUUCCAUCUAACUCAGCUGCAAUGGCAUUGUAGUCAGUUUGACACAAAUGGAAUAUGCCAAGAGGAAGCAUGGUUUGACUCUGUCAGUUUUUUAGAAUCCGACUCUGAUGAUGAUUUCAGCAGUGUGCAUGGAGAUUUCUUCCCUUCCACUGGCCAUGCACUUAAUAAUGCUUCUUCUGGUGCGUCAUGUUUUAUGGAUGCCAUUUGUAAGAUUGAAGAUAUUUGCGAUAGCACACCAGUGUCAUUGACUGUUGAGCGUUAUUUGAAAAUAGAUGGAGGUAAAGCUGAGAGAUUUUUAAAUAAAGGCGAACCCAAAAAAGAAGCAGAUGCCUUUGGAGUUAGGAGUGCUCAAGGUUAUGGGUUUUCCAGUGGAACAAAGUCGGAUGAAACCAAACCUAGAGCUCUUGGGUCUGAAGUUGGUCACAAAAGGAAAAAACCAUUGGAUGACCCUUACGGGAGUUCCAAUGGUCGGAGGGAAGAUGCAUUCACUUCUCCAGAAGAGAAAAACCAUGAUCUGUCCUUGAAACAAAUGGCAAAAUCUUGCUUGCCUAGAUUGGUUCCAACUCUCAGUUUUAAUGACAAAACUCAACCACUCAGCCCUGGUCCCCCAUCUCAAAGAAAAAAGGCAGCAGUUAUCAGGCUCUCUUUGAAGCGAUGUUCCUAUGAUGGUUGUGAGAACACUGAAAUCUGCACUUCAAAGAGGUUUCUCUAUCGACCCAGAGCAGGACUUCAGGUUCCAUGCACUUUAGGGGAGAAGCCAAUGCAAGGUUGCUGGUCUGCUCUUGAACCUUCUGUGUUUAAGCUCCGUGGUGAAAACUACUUCAGGGAUAAGAAGAAGUCUCCUGCAGCGAACUACACUCCCUUUAUCGCAAUUGGUGUUGACCUAUUUGUUUGUCCUAGAAAGGUUAAUCAUAUUGCUCAGUAUCUAGACCUUCCAUCCAUGAAAUCACAAGAGAAAAUACCACCUCUAUUGAUUGUUAACAUUCAGCUACCUACUUAUCCUGCUGCUAUGUUUGUUGGUGAUACUGAUGGUGAAGGGAUGAGCCUUGUACUAUAUUUUAAACUUUCAGAGAACCUUGAGAAAGAGAUUUCUGCCCAUUGUCAGGAGAGCAUCAAGAAAAUGAUUGAUGAUGAAGUAGAAAAGGUUAAAGGGUUUGCAUCAGAAUCCGUGGUUCCAUUCAGAGAGAGAUUAAAAAUAAUGGCAAGGGUGGUCAAUCCAGAGGAUCUCCAUCUGAGUGCUACAGAAAGGAAGCUUCUGCAUGCUUAUAAUGAAAAGCCAGUGCUUUCGCGCCCUCAACAUGCUUUUUAUAGGGGUCCAAACUAUUUUGAGAUAGAUCUUGACAUACAUCGAUUCAGUUACAUUUCGAGGAAAGGACUUGAUGCAUUCCGAGAGAGGUUAAAAUAUGGCAUACUUGACCUGGGUUUAACUAUUCAGGCCCAGAAGCCAGAAGAACUUCCGGAACAGGUGCUUAGCUGUGUGAGGCUGAACAAACUGGACUUUACGGACAAUGGCCAAAUACCCAACCUUGUUACUCUUGACGAUGAUCAAUUUGAUGGCUUUAGACCAUCCUUUCAAAGGUGAAGAAAGAAAUCUCUCUUUCAUUGUAAUAA